AGUAUUUUAAAACCCACUUACUGCUACGGUUCUAGUAAAAUUAGUAGUAAACGACAGUCGCUGCUAUCACUGCUUACUGUGAUGUAGAUGUUUUAGUAAUUGUUUUUAAUUAUAAAGGCAAAUGUGCAAACACAUAAGUUUGCCAGCCUGUCUUAAUGUCAAAGGGGUCAAAAAAGUGGUGGUGAAAGUUGAGACACGUAGCUUAAACGGUGACAUAAAUUGAAUUAAGACGCUGAAUGAAUAAACUUACUCUAAAUGUUUAUGCGUAUUGGACACGAUCUACAAUAAACUAUUUUUUUGAUUUUAAUAAACGUUCUGUAACUACGAUCGCCAUGGAGGGAAUGCGUAGUCUUGAAAAACCAAAAGUUAUUUUCGUGCUGGGUGGACCAGGUGCUGGAAAAGGAACUCAAUGCUCGAAAAUAGUUGAACGAUUUAAAUUUGAACAUCUCUCCGCCGGAGAUUUAUUACGUGCCGAGCGUGCACGGGAAGGUUCCGAGUACGGUGCGUUGAUAGAUGAAUACAUACGCAACGGUAAAAUAGUUCCUGUAGAGGUGACGUGUUCUCUGCUUGAGAAUGCGAUGAAGAAGUCGUCAAAUAAUAGAUUCCUCGUUGAUGGUUUUCCACGUAACCAAGACAACUUGGACGGUUGGAAUCGGCAAAUGUCGGAUAAAGUAGAUUUUCAAUUUGUACUUUUCUUUGAUUGCCCGGAAGACGUGUGCGUCGCUCGUUGUUUGACACGCGGCCAAAGUGGAUCCGGUCGUUUGGAUGAUAAUAUAGAAAGUUUGAAAAAGCGCAUAGAGACUUACAAUAACGAUUCGAUGCCAAUUAUAAAGUAUUUUGAAGAGAUGGGAAAAGUUGAAAAAAUCGAUGCAAAAUAUAAUGCAGAUGACAUUUUCACAAAAGUUGAAAAAAUCUUUUAUAAAUCGGGUUUUCAAUAAAAAAAAAAAAAAAAAAAAAAAAAUUGUAAUAUAGAUAUAUAUAAAAAUGUUGUUAAAAGCAAUGCACCUGAUACUUGGUUCCAAAAUAAGUUUUAUUCAAAGCUUUCAAAAAGAAGAAAAUAAAAAUAGUCAAAUAUCUUUAAAAAAACCGGAA